UAGAAGCAGAUGACAUGGAAAGUGGAAAUUACAGCAAGGUGACAGAAUUCAUCCUUCUUGGGCUUUCAACAGACCCCGUCCUACAAAUUCCGCUAUUUCAAUUCUUCUUGAUCGUUUACAUGACCACUGUGGUGGGGAACGUUGUGCUGAUAGCGGCUGUGAGAGUAGAUACUCGCCUACACAAGCCUAUGUACUUAUUUCUGGUCAACCUAUCUUUUGUGGACAUCUGCUACACUUCAAUAACUGUCCCCAAGAUGCUGGCGAAUAUCCUGACAGUAAAUAAAAGUAUUUCAUUCUCCGGCUGCUUAGUUCAAGUUUAUUGUUUUCUUCUCCUGGUGGAAACAGAGUGCGUCCUUCUGGCUUUCAUGGCCUAUGAUCGAUUUGUCGCUAUCUGCAACCCUUUACGUUACAACACCAUUAUGAAAUCAGUGGUUUGCGUUAAGAUGGUCAGCGCAUCAUGGCUGACUGGCGGCAUCAUAUCAUCUGUGGAUAUAUUUGCUCUAUCUCAUUUGACGUAUUGUGGCCCUAACACGAUUAACCACUUUUUUUGUGAAGCCACAUACUUACUGCAGCUUUCCUGCAGCGACCUUUCGUUAGCCAAUGUUGUGAAACACGUAGGUAGUUUUGCAGUGCUACUUGCACCUCUGUCUUUUAUCCUGUAUUCAUACGUUAACAUCAUCAGAGCCGUAUUUCGGAUCCAGUCCAGGAGAUACAAAGCCUUUUCCACAUGUGUUUCACAUCUAAUCAUCGUGAUUCUCUUCUACGGCUCAGCCCUGUUCAUAUAUAUGAGGCCUGAGCACACAGCAAACUUAGCAGACAAAAUACUAUCCGUGUUUUAUACAGUAAUUACCCCGAUGUUAAACCCUAUAAUAUACAGCCUGAGAAAUAAAGAUGUGCAUGGUGCUCUUAAAAACAUCGGGAAGUCUCUGUCAGAGAUACGCUAUAUACCAAAAAAAGUAUGA